UAAUGAAGAUAAAGAUACAGAAAAACUCGCCGAUUCAACUGCGUCUAUGCGACGGUAAGAUGAAAGGUAAAGUGGUGCAGCAGUAAAGUCAAAAAAAGAGAAAGACAGUAAAGAAAGAUAAAGGAAUCCUCUUCCCUCUCCUUUAUUAUACUCCUCCUACUGCUACUUGUGGCCAUGGAUCUUAGGUUGAGCCACAUCGUAUGGAUCUCUGGUUUAGAUUUUAGGGGAAGGCAACUUCUGCUCCUUUUCUUUCUCCAUUUUGUAACGACGACAUGGGCUCUACUUCUACUUGCACGCAAGAUUCUACAAGAAAAGGUUAUUAUACAUCUCCUAUUUUUGUAUCCGAAGCUUCGAUUUCAGGUCCUAGUCCUCAGAGUUCAGAAAGUUAUCCAUUUGCAGAAGUUCCUUGGGUUAAACAAACUCACCCUUCACCACGCUUAAAUGUGCUCAUUGGAGUUGCAAGCGGGAUAAUAGGAAUCUUGAUCUUUCUGUUGUUGAUGAUGAUCCUGCUGAUUCUUAAAAGGAGGAAACAAGGUAGAGCUGGAGAUGGCAUGAGUUUGUGCCCUUGUUCCUCACCAUUCUUUAGAAACUUCACCUGCAAAGAGAUAGAAAGAGCAACCGGAGAUUUCAGCACAAUCAUUGGAAGAGGUUCCUUUGGCACUGUUUAUAAAGCUCAAUUUCCAGAUGGCCUUGUGGCUGCUGUGAGGGAAGUCAGAACUUCUUGUGAAGUGCAGAAGGAUACCUUUGAUAGGAAGGUUCAAUUCCUGGGACGUCUGCAUCAUCGCCACCUUGUACCUCUCAGAGGGUUUUCAGCAGAACGCGAUAGGUUCCUCAUCAUGGAAUAUAUGGAAAAUGGAAAUCUCAAAGAGCUCCUACAUGAUCCUUUGAGAACUCCAUUAAACUGGAAGGCUAGGUUGCAAGUGGCUAUUGAUGUGGCUUCUGCACUGGAUUAUUUACAAUCAUUUUGUAAACCCCCUGUAUGCAACAUAUCAAUCAAGUCGAGUAAAAUUUUGUUGGAUGAGAACUUUGUCGCCAAGCUUUCUCCUUUUGGCUUUCUUGAGUCCAACGGUUCUAAGAUGACAAUGGCACAUCUGCAAGGUAAGAACCAGAGUUCUUAUCCUCAGGAAUCAGUGGUCUUCCAAUAUGGUUUACUGCUUCUGGAACUCAUAACCGGUCAAUCAAUAAAGUUCGAGGGCAUAAACCUAAUCCAGGAAUACAGGUUCAUUGAUUCCAUGCUUACAAUGGUGGAUCCAGAUCUUGGAAUUAACUUUGAUCCUAAAGAGCUCAAAAUUCUGCUUGUCAUAGCAAGGAUGUGCAUAGAUACUGAGGGUACGUUGACAGUGUCAAUGCCUUGUAUACUUCGGUAUCUGCAGGGGAAGUUUGAUCCCUUGUCUCCAUGUGGUUCUCUGACUGAUAUAUCCAUAAAUAGUUAUGUCCGCAAAUCAAGUGUACUUGAAGAGAAAUUACGAUCCUCGAGUGAAAGCAGCUUGGAAGGUUAAGAGAAAGAGCUUGAAUUUGUUUCAAAGUUUAAUUCUUGGCUGCAUUAUUUGUGCACCUUCCUCAUUGGCCACAGUUUGGGAACUGGACACAUGCUUUAUGAAACACCACCACUGGUCUUGUAACCAUGUUUAUGCAGGUUUUAUGCUUUUUGUAUUCUAAGGUGCUCUUUUCCCAGUCCCCCUUCAUGGUUGAAUAUUCUGGAACAGCAAUUCCAUACCCAUUAUUUUGACCAGUUCUGAUAAAGACAUACAUCUGUAUCUUUGUGAAUAAGUGUAAUCUGCUAUUAAACUGAGAUCAGCAUCUUCUCUCCCCAGUGAAGGGAACUAAAACCAUUCCAUGGUAUUUUGUGGCUUUAAA